AGUUGUCUGACGUCACGUGAAAAGGGCCUAUUGUGCGCCGCGCCCCUUGGGUCUCCCGGUCGCGGCCGGAUACGACGUACCCUGUUAUCGUUAGGGUAGUGGUAUUUGCUGGCUACCAGAGUUUACUCCAACCCCACUGUCAUUACGGGAGGGGUGUGUUUGUCUACAAUUCUAGCUGCCAAAAAAUGUGUCCACUAUAUGUCAAAGAAACCCACACACACCUUCCCCCAGGACCAGGUUUGUAGAACACCCCUAGCCUCCACUAGGUGACAGUAUGCGCCAUAUGUUAGAAGAGGUUUACCAUUGAGUAAAAAAAAAAAAAGAAAAGUUGUUGCUGCGUAAAACAGUGAGUACUAUCGUGGAAAUUAUCUAAAUUCGUGAUAAAGUCGUGGUAAACUAAUUUCUUGAGGUGAAUGAGAUGAUCAUUUUAAAAAAAUGUAUGACUGUUCAGCCCUCUAACGUUCAUAGUAAAGAUUAUGCAAUAAACAUAAUCGAAACUGCUACUCUGAAAACGGAAGCUACUGGUUGCUUGGUUGGUGAAUUAGCCAUUUGACGUUACAGAUCACCGCUUUCGCUUCACUAGCUAGCUACUCGUACAGCGGACUACUCGUCCACUCAUGCUCUGGGCCCCAUGUUAAACUAUUUGACUACCGCCUCCAGAUUAUUUCUCCGAAACACCGUGCCCAUCUCGUCGAGGGGUAACUACAACAUCAUCUGUCGGUUUUACAGGAGAAUGGAUCGAGCCGUGGUAAGAUGUGUCCCUUGGGAAUCCAAACUCACCAUUUCCUUCGUCCUUGACGGGAGCAACAAACAAAUGCUCAGGGACCAGACGGAGGAGCUAGGCAAAGCGCUGGCACGGAUCGCCAACAGUAUCAUCAAGGGCCAGGGCAAAGCUAAGAAAUCCAAGAAAAACAAAGGCGCGCCCACGGACGCCCAGGAGCCCGCUACAGCGGUGAGGCUGUACUACAACGGAGACUUUGUGGCAGGGGAUGCUAUAAACUCCGAUGCCUGGCAGGAUGGGGCAGUUUUACACGUGGGUGACAGUAAGUACACGGUGGAGAGGAACCCUCCCACAUUCACCACGGCAGAGCUGCCCGCUUCUCUCCUGGCCGGGUUUCCCGUGUGCCCGAAGCUCAAGAUAGAAUUUGGGGAUUUGAAAGACUGUCGGUUUAAAUGGUUCAAGGAGAGCAAGUCGGGUGCAGGUGACGAGGAGCGUCGAGGAGAGACUGAUUGGACCGAGGCGGGGAGCGAACGGGUGUUCAUCCCUUCAAAUAUGGACAUUGGCUCCAAGCUUAAACUGACAUGCACGCCGGGAGAUGGAAAACGGUGUGGGAUGGACAAGGAGUUAAUAACCAUCGGUACAGUCGAGGCAGGGCCUGGCACGUGUACCUUUGACAACAGACACAUGUACACCAACAAGGUGACAGAUGACACCGCCAUCAGAGUAGUGUCAUACAACAUCUUAGCUGACGUUUACGCACAAACGGACCUCUCCAAAACCGUCCUGUACCCGUAUUGCACCCCCUAUGCGUUGGAACUGGACUACAGACAAAGUCUGAUAAAAAAAGAACUGUCCGGCUAUAACGCUGACAUCAUCUGCCUUCAGGAGGUGGAUAAGAACGUGUUCGCGGACAGUCUGUCUCCGGCCCUGGACGCGUUCGGCUUCGACGGGGUCUUCAGGAUUAAGGAGAAGCAGCACGAAGGCUUGGCCACCUACUACAGGAGGUCGAAGUUUAAACUGCUCAGUCAACACGACAUAAUGCUGAGUGGAGCUCUGACGUCAGACCCGAUCCACGAAGAACUGUUGGACAGAGUGAGCAGCAACCCUGCCUUGAAGGAGAAGGUGGUGCAGAGAUCUACCACUCUACAGGUGAGUGUCCUUCAGUGUCUGAAUGAUCCGUCUAAGAAGAUCUGUGUUGCCAACACCCACCUCUACUGGCAUCCCAAAGGUGGGAAUGUGCGUCUGGUCCAGAUGUCCGUCGCUCUGAAACAGCUGCAGCAGGUGAUCACCCAGAGUUACCCUGACGCCUCGCUCCUCUUCUCCGGAGACUUCAACAGCACCCCGUCCUCAGGGGUUUUCCAGCUGGUGAGCCAGGGAGCUCUGCCCAGCACCCAUCCAGACUGGAGCUCCAACGGGCCGGACGAGCUCUGCCCCAUGGAGGUCUCCAACCCCUUCCAGCUGAGUAGCGCCUGCGGGGAGCCGGCCUAUACUAACUACGUAGGUGGCUUCCACGGAUGCCUGGACUAUAUCUUCAUGGACCCACGGGUGCUGCAGGUGGACCAGAUGAUCCCUCUGCCCAGCCACCAGGAGAUCACUACCUGUCAGGCCCUGCCCAGCGUCUCACACCCCUCUGAUCACAUAGCACUGGUCUGUGACCUCAGGUGGAAGUGAAGCAACGCUAUCUCCCCUGUAUACAGCGGUCUGUGCCUGAUCGACCCCAGGGUCUCAGACGGGUGCCGUUUCUCAACCAGGAGCGGUCCCAAUCACAUCUCCUUUCUCCUGAAGUGUAAACUUGUUCAUCACUUCCCACAAAUCUAAAAGCGUUGGAUUGGCGGAGGCAGGGGGGUACUGGGAGAUUACGCCAUAUUUCUGUUACCAGUCAUUUCCUUUUAAAUCAGUGAAGGGAAGUGAACCAGUGCACACUUUGGGAGAAUGGAGAGAUAAUUGGGACAUGGCCCAUGUCAGUGUCUAUAUCAGGGCCCCUACAUUGUGUUUCUAAACCAUGUCUCUAUAUCAGGGCCCCUACAUUGUGUUUCAGGGUUCUGACCAACUAGUACAUCUCUUAAAUGAAAACGAUCACUCUGGGAACUGAAAUAGCAGUGAGCAGCCUCCCUGAGACCAGGGCCCGUAUUCAGAAAGCAUCUCAGAGUAGGAUCGCUGAUCUAGGAUAGGUUUUCCCUUUUAGAGCAUAAUGAAUAUGAUUAUAUAUGGAC